AUGAAACACUUAAAAAACCAGAAAAGCUCAAUAAAAAUGGAACGGGCAUCAGGGGCUUUGCCUGGUUCGCGCCACCGCUCUUGGAUGCAGUCCUUCCUCAGAACCACAGAGUCCUUUAAGACUCCAGGGUCGCGGGGGAACGAGUUUGAUAUGAAGUCGGAAGCCACGGGGAUUCAGUUCGGUAAUCUCAAAAAUCUGAAGGACGUUACACUCCAGCAGGGCGAGCAGAUAGUGUACGAUAUUCUCGGUGACAUUUUCGACAAGAAGAUGGGCAUCGCCACGGUAUCGGAGUCGGAGUGUUCGUUGGACGAGGAUAUAAAGGAAUCUCUGAGCAUGGAUCCGCGCCUGAAGCUGUGGUACACUACGCUACAGAAACGGGCCUCUGUUCAGGCGAAGAUCCAGCGGAAGCUUGGCCGCCGUCCCGACGAGAUGCUUAUUAACGUGGGCAGCACGGUAGCUCCCAGGGAUCGAGGUACCGUACAGCGGCUCCUUGACUUUGCCGGUCGCAUGAAUCCCACGGCUUUAUCUCGGAAGAAGCCCGGUGUUCUGACUGCCCAGCUAGACUCGCAGUGCCGACUUCUGCCAGAACUCCAUGAGACGCUGCCGCAGGCCGAACAGUGCGGGCACGUUGCGGUGGAGAUCAUCGGCCUGACCGACACCACCAAGCAGGAGAUUCUCGGCACGGCGCACCCACCGCCAGAGAAGCCCAGCCAGUGGAUAAAGUCACUCCAGCUGGAGAAGCGAAUUGAAAAGAAGAGCGACGACAUUAAACGAGUUCUGCCGUUUUUCCCAAGUGUGAGCAAGCUGGAGGUGGUGGGCGGCCACGUUAAGGAAAAGCUCAGCCAGAACAAUUCCAGUAAUAUCGAACGGAUGUCCUGCAAGUCUAUUUUCAGCGUGAGUGGCUCAUCGGAGAUCAUUCCGGAUGAGGAGAUAAAGGUCGAGCUGCCCCAAGAGCCAGUGCCAGCCCAGGAACAAUGGAAGCCACGUGCAGCCGUGAAGAUCAACGGUGUGCUGUACUUUAACUCUGGGAAACGAGUUAUUUUGCCGGAGAUUGCAAACGUCGUCUUCCAGUGCCAUCCGUACCAGAACGAGCUUAAGGAAGUGGCCCGCGUGGAGAACGUAGGCAGCCAGGUGCUCACCUGCGAGUGGGCCAUUGAUUGCAAGCGUUCCGGCAAGUGUGCCAACCAUUGCCAGAACUUCCUGAUGUCGCACGCCAACUUCACCGUGUUCCCGGGUGAGGAACAGGUCUGCCGUGUGCUGUUCCAUCCAACUAGCUGUAACCUGUUGAAGCAGCGCUAUGAACUCCGCAUCUUCCCCAAUGUAAUCGGCUCGGUACGGGGUGUCUUCUUGGCACGACUGACCGGACGCUGUGUUCCCGCACCGGAGUACACGAACAAGCUAAGGCGCCAUAAGGAAUUGAUUACGAACCGGUCCAAGAAGCUAAUGGCCGAUAAAGUGGUCAGGAUCCAGGCAUCUAUAGUUCCCCUUUUGCAGCCUGACGAAGUGGUGUGUCCCUAUGAACGAGUGCUCGACGAGCGGGAGGUGUUCAAUGCCGAGAAUCCCGGCUACAAGUGCGAACGGUUUGAUGAUCUGGAAACUCUGAAGGCGCUAUACCUAGAUUUGAAGAAGCCUAGAGAGCCCUCUUGGGAUCUGCGACUGGAGACAAUUCUCGAGGCGAUUCUUCGACUUUCGGACUCCAAUCAAAGGCGGCUGUACUACGAAAAGCUGAUCGAAGUCCAAGAGGAGCUGAAGCAAGGUGGUGGCAAAGGCUCGCUCACCCACUUUGGUCGUAGUGAUCAGAGGAUUCGAUCCAUGUUCAUCUAUGUUCGCGGAUGUAUCUGCAAUGGCAUCCAGGAGUGGGAGGAGAUGAUGGGCUCAAUGGAGCUGAGUGGCCUCAGGCUGGAGAUCAAUCGUUACCAAGCGAAACUGCAGGACAAGGAGAUCGAGUUGGAGGAGGUCUAUUACGAAGAUGAAGCAUCCGAGCCAAAGCCCUGGAUGCGGCAGCUGCGUAAGGAAAACCUCGUCCUCUAUCUCCUGAAAAAGCUGCGAUCGCGGAAAUCCUACAGGGAUAGCCUCUACAUGCAGACCUACUCGCACCUGUGUGACAUGGCCGAAAAUGUGGUCUCCGUUAUCGAGAGCACUCGGAACACUUGAACCAGUCCAAGAACAUUGAACUUAAUGUGUGCAGUUUGGCUAGAUAGUUAUAGUCUAAAUUUAAUGUGUCCGAAAAGCAGUAAGAAGUUGGAAAAGUCUCACUAA